UCUAGAGAAACACCGUAUCAUCAUGAAGAUGAUGUAUCUUCUGGGCGUGCUGUGUUUAGUGGCAUUUACCACAGCUUUACCCGUCAUUCCUGAACCACCUUCAUUGCCAGGUGAUGUUACAGUCCACGAUUCCGUUCUUCAUACCAACUUACCAGUCCGGGAAGAUGCACAAAAAGGUGAACAUGAAGAAAAAAAGGACGAGAAUGAAGCUGAACCACCUAAGGAAAUUGUUUAUUUGAGUAUGCCAGAGCCUCCAAUGUUGCCUCCACUUGAUGGAUCUAUUUAUGUAGAGUUGAUAAAGCACGAGGAAAAAGAGGAAUCGGAAGGCGAUAAAGACUCUAAAAAUGAAGAGGAUUCCAAGAUCGAUGAUGAUAAAAAAGUUAAUAAACAGAAUAUUCCUACAAUCCCUGUCAUAAGUAACAUUAUUUCCACAUUUAGCAAUAUCAAAUGGCCCACUUCUAUUUCAGAUAUCAAAUGGCCCUUUUCUAUUCCAAAUAUCAAAUGGCCAUCCAUUUUCAGCCGUUCCCAUAGAAUUAUUUACCCUGGUUAUGUUUUAGAGGUUAAAUAGAAAAGAUUGUUGUUUCUAAUAAAAAUGAUAAAUUCG